AUGACACUCCGAGUCCUCCACCUACUUGCUCUGAUCUUCAUCUCAGCAAAUGUAGAAGGUAACAAGAGCCAGAAGGCUCAAAGACAAGGGACCGAAAAGAAGAAAGGGGAAGAUGAGGACUCUAAAAGGCCAAAGUAUGACCUGUCCUUGUACAAGCCUGGCGAUCUCUUUCAAGUCCCUAGGACCCUGUUUAUCCACUUUGGCAUCUACCUGGGAAACAACCGGGUGGCACACCUCAUCCCUGACAUCAUACCCAUGUUCACCUCCAACCAGGACCGUAUUCGCAAGUGUGUGACUGACCUUCGACUCGUCACAGGGGUAAUAGCUAAGAAUGCAAGCGUGCGUGUGGACACAGUGGAGAACUUUGCCUAUGGGGAAACGAUUGAGAUCAACACUAUGGACCUGGUUUGCAGCCAGCCACCCCUGGAUGGAGAGGAGAUUGUUCGCCGAGCGGAGAAGCUGGUGGGGCCUGUGGCCUACAGCCUGCUGUGGUUCAACUGUGAACACUACGUCAUGUACUGCCGCUACGGCACAGCCAUCAGCUUUCAGACUUCCCAGUUCUGUCUAUUGGUGAGGAAGAUCUUCCUCAGCAGAAGGUGUUGCUACCUCACGGCCCUGGUCGGGAUGGGCCUAAUGUGCUGUGUGGAGACCAUCACCCCACUCAUGAUCCUGUGCACCAUCAUCAUCCCCUUCACCAUAUGGAUGGCAUCGUAGCAUUUGGACACCUCUGCCUUUUUAGGCACUGGGUGAAAAGAACACUAUGAGGGCAUUUCACAAGCAGCCUUUGGUGCAAGUUAAACUAUAAUGGAUUUCCACCACUUU